AGGGGGUGGGGUGGUACGUGGUACGGCCUCUCUUGAUAAGCCAUUGUUGUUCCAUGCAUGCGCUUUCUGCAGUUGAUUUGCCUGUGCAAAAAUUACGAAUUUUCGAUUUUUAGUACUUUUGACCCCCGAGCAACGAACCACAAAAGUUGUUGAAGAUUGCGUGUGCGUGCAAUUUAAUUUUUUGGUAUUGGUCCUUGCAGGUUUGCAUAUAUUUCGCAGUAUGACUGAAACUGUUACAUCUCAAGACGAUUCGAAGACGCAGACACCAUCGUCACCGAAGACCAAUAAGUCAAAAGCUGUGAAGCAGACAGGUGAUGGAAGUGACCGUCCCAAAACGAUUGAAAAAGUGGAGAAACCGCCGACCAAGGUGGUUGUGCGUCGCCUCCCUCCAACUAUGAUAUUAGAAACCUUUUUAGAUCAAGUUGCACCUUUACCACCAGUUGAUUACAUGUACUUUGUCAAAGCCGACUCAAGUCUCUCCCCCAAUUCGUUUGGACGAGCGUACCUCCACUUUAUUCAUGUGUCAGACCUACUGAUAUUCACUGAAAAGUUUGACAAUUAUGUGUUUGUGGACAGCAAAGGCAAUGAAUAUCCUGCAAUAGUUGAAUAUGCGCCAUUCCAAAGGAUACCGAAGCAGAGACCUUCGCGCAAGAAAGAUCCUCGUAUUGGUACAAUUGAAAAUGAUCCAUAUUACCUUGAAUUUAUGGAAGCCCUGAAAGCUGAAGAGACUCAAAGAAAAUCUGCCUCAAAAUCAAACAAACAACACUUCUUUGAGACAUCUACCAGCUUGGCUACACCCAAAGUCACAUCAACUCCCCUUCUGGAAUAUUUGAAGGCUAGACGUGCUGAUAAAUUGAGAACAAAGGAGGAUAAAAUUGCAGAGAGAAAGAAAAGAGAGAUUGAAAGGCGCAAAGCAAGGGAAGAUGCAGUAAUAAAGCCCCCCCAACCCUCCAGUGAUACAACUACAGAUUUGGCAGAGAUUCAGACUCGCUACCUUCGCUGCAUGAUUGGCCUGGACAAGGAUACCUCCGCUCUAGAACAGGUGUCCUGCUGUGCAUGUUGCAGUCCUGAUGUGCAUGCUCCCUUUAACUGUCAAGUUUUACGAGAAAGAAUGCACCUUCUUUUGCUGCACAUUAGCCCUCCCAAGAAGCUUCCAAAUCCCGAUCUCAAAACUGAAGUUUUGAAUAUUCCUACACAACAAAUAAGUGUGCAUCAAUUAUUUCAAAGUGUUAAGGCUGAUAAACCUUGCAGUACUGCAGAAGCAAUUGUAGUUAGUGCACAACCUCCUCUCUCCCUUGCUUCCCUUUCUCCUAGUCCUAAACAGGCAAAUAGGCACCCUGUUUGUACCACAAAGACUUCCCUGAAAACAAACCAAACCAAACCUCUCUGCAGCCUUUCAGUGGAGCCCAAAUUAAUCCAAAAAAGUACUUUGUUAAACAAAUCAAUCAAACCCAAAGUUCAAACACAACUGAUGGUAAAGGAGUCGUCCUUCAAAACUCAGCUUCAGAAAAAGAAUGAAACUUCAACUGUCCCCAUUAGUUCCACUGAAAGUGAAAAGGUCAUUCAUGGCCAACCUCUUCAAUUUACUCUUCCAUCAGAAGUUACUUUCAAACCUUGCCUUGUUAAAAAAGAUGUUGCUGCUGUUACAAACAUGUCCUCUAAAGAUGUGCUCAAUGAGAUGGUCAAGGGACCCAUGAAACUGACUGAAUUUUUUAAAUUGCUGGAAAGUGGCCACUUGCAAGCCCAGUAUCCUGCUGUUAGUAAUUUUUCUACUAAACAGAUGACUACUUUACAAGAACUGGAGAAGCAUAUUAUUGGACAACAAGAGGAAGGCAAUUCUGAAAAAAAAAAUUGUACAGAAUUUGAUGAAAGUCCAUCCCACUCCACAAAAUGUUCAAAAAUUCAGCAUUCUCUCCCUGCUUGGAAGAAACCAAACCAUUAUGGCUGGAAUGGCAAUCAGAAGAAUGAAAGAUUUGAGUGCCAAGCAUUGCAAUGUCAGGAGGGGAAGAAUAUAAUCAAAUUCAAGUCCCCAUAUUUUUUCAAUCAAGGUGCAGCAAUCGUAAUGCUGGAACCUAAUAGUCAUAGAGGCCUGUUGUUCUCAACCCCCCAUGCUGUCACCAUUAAUGAAACCAACAGAGGGAAAGUCCCUAUGUGUGUUUUCCCUAAGCGUUUUUGGGAGCCUACAUCUUCAAAUAUUUCUACCCUGAAGAGGAAAAAUUCAAAUAGUAGUCAAAACAUCUCAAAAUCUUACAGUUUCAGAGGGCUGCAAAAUGAUUUACUUGACAAAUCCAAUUUUUAUGCUAGAAACAUAUCCCCAGCAACUUCAACUCUAAUUGGGAUUGGGAACAAUACAAAUAGAACCAUACACCAGAUGAGUCACAGGAUUUUGGGACCUCAUCCAUACAUGGGCUGGAAGAAAGGAGGAAAACCUCAUCCAAUUAGAAGAAUGAGUGCUGUUCUUCCUAGUUACCCUUUCAGUAUGCACAGCAAGAAUCAUGACAGUUUUGAUAAUUUUCAUGCAUCACCAGCAGUCUAUAGAUGUUGGUUGCCUUACUCAACAUGGAGAAACAGGUUUUAAUGACAGAUUUAUUUACAGUCUGUACAAUGAUCUAAUCAAUUAAGGGUAAAAUAUAAUAAUCAUCUACAGUUGACUCAAUCUUCCCCUUUUUCCUAAUCUUAAAUCCAUGGACUGAUGAACUUGUAUCGUCAUAUGUGCAUCCUUAAGUAUCUUAUGUCAUUUGUGGUUUGUUUGUAAAUUAAAUUUUGGUGUCACAAAGUUUCCCUAUUAAAUAUCAAGCAUGCACUGCCUUUGUGGACUUUAAAUAUGUAUAUAUAUAUAGAUAGAUAUAUGUAUAUACAUACCUAUAUAUUUUUAUUUCUGAGUGUGUGUUUAUUGAAUAUAAAGCACCAUACAUAUGAA